AUGCCCGAGCCACUGUACGACGACAUCUACUCCUACCGCAUCUACAACCAAUCCGCCCUUGAUACUCUCGCGAGCGAAUGUACAAGCAUCAACGCGAGUGUUGCCAUCGAGUAUAACUAUACCGGCUCAUUCUAUCUACCGAACAUCCAAAGUAUCACUGGGGAUCUCUCAUUGUAUCCAGAUGCAAUUUCGCACAACGAAUCCAUCUCCCUUCCAGAUCUGGAGACCAUCGGUGGACGUCUGCAGUUGAGUUUUCCGCAUUAUUUCAGAACCAUUUCCGCCCCGAAAUUGAGCGCCGUCGAGGGGUACUAUGUCAGUAUACAAUACGCGCGCGAUGUCGACUUAAGGGCGCUUCGCAGUGCGAAGGAGGUGAACAUUAAUGGGAAUCUGUCCAGUAUACGACUGGAGUCAUUGGAGGAGGUCAGGGAUCUCGAUAUCUACCCCGAGAGCGCAUCGCCAUCACCUAUAGAUAUAUUCCUUCUAUCGCUGAAGUCGGCGGCCAGUAUAGUCCUGCGAGGUAAAAUAGCGAGCAUUUCCCUGCCGAAGCUCACCAGCCUGGGCCCGAAUCGAUUCUCUAUAGACCCUGAUCCUGCGAGUUUUGAAUUGACGACAGAGGGUGGACCACCUCUCAACGUCUCAUUCCCAGAGCUGGAUACUGUCCACGACGCCAUGAAACUGGAAGGCAGUAUCGGGAGCCUGUCAAUGCCAAAGAUAAUCGAUACAAACAUGACUCUCACACUAGUACUGGCACAUUAUCUAACUGUGGUAUUUAGCGUCAAUCUACCAAACCUCCGUCGCGCCGCCGAUGGUAUAUACAUAUAUUCUGACGUGCCCCUGGACUGCGACAAAGUCGAAUCCGAAAUCUUCCGCAACGUAAGCAUAUCCAACGGGUCGCGAACGUGUCGUGUUCCCGAGGAGGAGCCAAAGCCACAAGGCCUCAGCACGAAUGAGAAAAUUGGAAUAGGCCUUGGAUGUGGUAUUGGGGGGUUAAUUGUGUUCAUCCUGAUACCGGCGUAUCUUUUGCAUCGUGGAAAGAAGAGAAACGAGCGGUUUAAGCGUGACCAGGAGGUGGAGCUUACGCCGCCGACUUAUCAGGCUGCUCAGCAGGAGCGGCCUUCUCCGCCGGAGUAUUCGGCUGGGGACAAUGGGCAUGUCGCUAGUCCACGCGAGACAUCAUGA